UUGAUUUUAUUUAAAUUGCUAUUUUUUGCUACAAAUGGCUGGGAAAGCAGACUUCCAACUAGUUGCACACAUCCCGAUAUUUUAGCCUGCUGUAAUUGCGAACGUGCCGUAAAACAUCGUCCUGGAUCAGCAAAUUCGCUUAACCAGGAGAAUCGAUCGUGGGAAGAAGAGCGUACUGUGCAGUUUACACAAGAAUGGAUUCCAACUGAUGUAGUUCUAAGACCGUAUCAAAUUAUCAUCAGGGAACUUUCUCCGCCAAACCCCCGAACCCAUUCUCAAAAAUGUAUCAGAGAGUAUAUUGAACAAAAGGAACGAAAAGAACGAGAAGAAGAAAAAAGGGUGAAAGAAAACCAGUUUAAGGCUACUGAAGUACCGAAGACCACUUAUGGCCCAAAGUACGAAGAAAUUCAGGCAGCUUUUGAAAAUGCUCGUGAAUUACGGCAUCAAAAGGCUUUAGAAUUGGCUGAAACAAAGAAGUUACAAGAAUAUCCAAAAAUUAGGUCUAAAUAUCUGAACAGAAACAAUCAUUUACGUCGUUGUUUAAGUGCUGAAGCCUCUGAGUGGGGUAAACAAAAACCAUUUAAAGCUAAUGCAGUUCCGUUGACAGUUUACAUCCCUCCGUUUGAUCGGAAACUUAAUGCCGAAAUACGAGCUCGGUCUAAGAGUGAACGAGCGGUAAACUUGAUCAACAGUAGUCAUCCACCAUCAAAUAUGCAGGAACACGUAAUUCGUUCUCACAUGCAACAUUAUCUGCGGCAUUCCAAAACUUGUGGCACACUUUCACCGACGUAUCGUCCACAGAUAAGAAAAAAGGUGCCAAAUUUCAAUGCUAUACACAAAAAGCUCUCAGAAGAUUUAGAAAAUGGGAAGAUACGUCGAAGCACGACAGUACAACCAUUCCAUUUUGAGACAGAAUCUCGUGCUCAUUCUCAUCACAAUUGUACAGCUGAACCUGAACAAAAGACGGUUUACCGAAGCAAAAGUCCGCCUCGUAAUGCAACAGGAAAAUGUGUUCGAUUGAAUUUGGCUGCAUUGAUGAGAAAUGAAGCUAUCAGAUCUGAGUUGAAACGAGGGGAGUUGGCUAGACAAAAAGAUAUAAAGCUGUGCGAGCUCUCUAAUGAAAGAAGUCAAGUUUCACGCCUUCGACUUAAAAAUAAGUUGCAGUCUAAUGCCAUGAUAGAUCCUAAUGAUGAUAUCAAAAAGAAGUUACAGCAAAAGAGGAAAGAACAAUUAGAGCGAGAUGCUCAAUACCGGUACGAGUUGGAACAGAUCAAACGAAGAGUUACCAAUCGAGCUUUGGUCAUCGAACAGCAGGAAAUGCUAAUGGAAAAACAAAAAUUUGAGAAGAAAUAUGCUGAAAAAAUGAACCGUAUAUUAAAUGAAAGUAGAAAAGUGGCAUCUAGCGCUGGAAGGCAAGCGACAAAAGAAAGCUUGAACUUAGUUUUCACUAAAAAUAAGACUGAAAAACCAGAAACACCUGAAAAAGAAGAAAAAGUUUAUGCGACAAUUUCUGAUGAUGAAGAAGCUUCGUGUUACACUGAAGAAAGUUCAAGAAAUUCCAAUGAUGUGUUGUCAAAAAUAUCUGAAAGGACAGAAGUGUCAUCGUCAGCAACUGAGUAG